AUGGCUCGCUCUGUGCCUUUUCUCUCAACCAUUUUUCUAUUGCUUUUGCUUCUGCUCGCCACUGCAGAGAUGGGGCCAACAAUGGUGGCAGAGGCAAGAACUUGUGAGUCUAAGAGCCACCGUUUCAAGGGGCCAUGUCUGAGUGACACCAACUGUGGUUCUGUGUGUCGAACUGAACGUUUCACCGGAGGACACUGCCGUGGUUUUCGUCGUAGAUGUUUCUGCACCAAACAUUGUUAA